UCCGCUUUGGUACGCGGACUAACUAACAUCAGCCGGUGUACUCACGUGGACCAUUUCUUUGUUCACGUUCCAAGUAUUCAUUGUCUUCGAUUCUUUUUUUUCUCUCUCUCUUAUUUUACCAGUUUUUGUUCCAUUGUGAACGAUCCGGUCUCUCCUUACGAAUCUCUCCCGCAAAAUAAACACCAAGGGGAACUUUCAUGGUCCGCGCAGAAGAAAAGCGGUUCAACGCCUUUCUACCAGAGGAUAUUCUUUAACAUUUGUGUACGAACUAUUUGAAUUUGUUCAAGAGUAAAGUGUGACUUUACGUGGAGGGAAGUGGUUCCUUUUUACUAUCAGUGAACACUUGACACCCAAGUUCUGUUUGUUUUUGGAUUGGAUUUGAAAGGUUGGAUCAAAUUUGGAUUUUCAUACAAGUCUGGAUUGAUGUUGACGGUUUGUUGACGAGUUAACUCGAACAUGUCAGCCACGAUUUCGAAGAUAUCAGCCAAUAGUUUUGGAAACGGGACGAAUGCAAUUUGCGAUAAGGACCGCGACGUAGAAAAGGGUGAGCUCCAAUCGAACGUAGGCCUCUCAUCGUCGAUCUGUUCACGGCCGACGUCUUCGUCGCGGACGACGACGUCGGCCGAGAGCAGGGUCGAGCUCGAGGACAAAGUAAGGAACAACAACAGCAGGUCGAAUGCAGCUAACAACGCGACGGUGGAAGUGGAAAUCGUCCCGAACAAUGAACCGAUAGGAGCGGGGACGCCGGAGACGACCACGACGACGACGACGGCGACGACAACAUCGAAGACGAGAACGCGAACGGGAAGAGGAACGGAAACGAGCGAAACCAGCCGGUGGAAGGCAGUCGGCCGCUUGCUUUGCCGCCUAACACUCAUCAUGCUUCUGUUAGCGAGCCUCGUUGCCUGUUUGGCAUUGCUCGCCAUAUACGCAGGCCCGAUUUUCCUCGUGCAACUUCUCGUCGUUGUUCUCGUCGCGUAUUUAGUAUCAGGAGGACGUUUCCGAUGGUUCUACGUAGCCGCUAAAACAGCGCCUAGAGACAUUUUAGCCAUCUUUCGGUAUAUUAAACUUCUGUGGACAAUUCGUUGCCACGAGAGGAAAAACAGAAGCGUUGCCGAUGUAUUUCGGCAAAAUGUUAAUCGUCAUCCCAAUAAAGUUUGUUUGAUCUGCGAGGAUCAAGAGUGGACCUUUCAACAGGUGGAAGACUACAGCAAUAAAAUUGCAACGGUAUUCAAAAGCCAUGGAUAUCGUAAGGGAGAUGUGGUUGCCAUACUUUUGGAAAAUCGUGUGGAAUACGUACCCCUUUGGCUUGGGUUGAGCAAGCUGGGGGUAAUAGUACCACUUAUCAACACCAAUCUCCGUAAAUCUUCCCUUCUACACAGUAUAAAUGUAUCUAAAUGUCAAGCUCUUAUUUAUGGAGUAGAUUUUACCGAAGCUCUCUCGGAUAUCGCCGACUCGUUAGACCCGAAAUUUUCAUUGUACAGAAUCGGUAAUUUAUCGAACUCCAAAGUAUCGAAAUUAAGUAAUUUAAAUGACAAAGAUUUAGUCGCUCUUAUGGCUGAUGUCUCGCCGGCUCCGCCUGUCCUACAAGAAAAAGGCUGUUAUCAUGAUCAAUUAUUGUAUAUUUUCACCAGUGGCACGACUGGUCUUCCUAAAGCUGCGGUUAUUACAAAUUCUAGGUAUAUGUUUAUGUCAAACGGUAUUUUUAUGAUGGUGCAGUUCAAAAAUUCUGAUAGAAUUUAUACACCCUUGCCAUUGUAUCAUACUGCUGGGGGUGUGAUGUCCAUUGGUGCUGCUCUUCUUCAUGGGUCAACAGUAGUAAUUAGAAAAAAGUUUUCAGCAAGCGCUUACUUUACUGAAUGUAUCAAGUAUAACUGUACAAUUGGUCAGUACAUUGGUGAAAUGUGUAGAUAUAUCUUAGCUGUACCUCCGAAACCGGAAGAUAAGAAACAUAACGUUAGGAUGAUAUUUGGUAAUGGUUUAAGACCACAAAUAUGGCCCGAAUUCGUUGAGCGAUUUAAUAUUCCUCAGGUUGCGGAAUUUUAUGGAGCAACGGAAGGAAAUGCUAAUAUCGUGAAUAUCGAUAACACUGUUGGGGCUAUUGGUUUUGUGUCGAGAAUAAUUCCAUCUGUUUAUCCUAUUUCCAUUUUAAAAGUAAACGAAGAAGGUGAAUUAAUAAGGAAUGCAAAAGGUUUAUGUCAAGUAUGUGAACCAAAUGAACCAGGUGUAUUUGUUGGAAAAAUUAUACCCAAUAAUCCAUCUAGAGCAUUCUUAGGAUAUGUGGAUCAGAAAGCAUCUGAAAAGAAAGUAGUCUAUAAUGUAUUCAAGAAAGGCGACUCGGCAUUUAUAUCCGGUGAUAUUUUAAUCGCUGACGAAUUCGGUUAUUUAUAUUUCAAAGACAGAACAGGUGAUACUUUCCGAUGGAAAGGAGAAAAUGUUUCAACAUCCGAAGUUGAAGCUAUUAUCAGUAAUAUUAUUAAUUACAGAGACUGUGUUGUAUAUGGGGUUGAGAUUCCCGGACUCGAAGGAAAAGCCGGAAUGGCAGCAAUAUACGACGAAAAUUCUACGUUAGACAUUAAUAAAUUAUCGACUGAUUUAAAGGAACAUUUAGCAUUUUAUGCAAUACCUAAGUUCAUCAGAAUUUUAACAAAGAUCGAUCUUACAGGUACAUUUAAACUAAAGAAGAAAGAUCUUAUAGAAGAAGGAUAUGAUCCUAAAAGAAUACAAGAUAAAUUAUUUUAUUUGAGUGAAAAGUCUGGAUAUCAGUUAUUAUCUACUGAAACCUACGAACAAAUUCAACAUGGAAAGAUUCGUUUCUAAGUUAUACCUCGACAAAAAGAAAGAUUGAUUAAACGGGAACAAUUUUUACUCCAACUAUUUACAGCUUGUCAUCAAGGUGAAAAGAGGCUUUUCAUCUUCAUUAUAUUGAAUCAAAAAAGAUUACUUUAUAUCACACUAUAAUUUAAUGAUAUUUCAAUUAUAAGAAUUCCCACUCCACUCUCUUUUAACUUUUGUAUGGGUUUAUAUUUUACAUAAUUUAUUACAGAUAAUGUACAAUAUGUAACAUCGAUAUUAAAAUGAAAGAUUUUUUUUAUUUAAUAA